UUGCAAAAAUGCAUGUCCAUCAUUUGCAUCCAGAUGAUGCAGUGCACACAUUCUAUUCUAAUUUGGUGGGCGGGGUAAAUUUGUACUCACUCCACCUACUUCAUUUGAUGGCGGGCAUCAGGAAAGAUUUAGGUCUAGUAUAUAAAGCAAAGUCAGGGUUGCUUUCAUUGAUAAGGUCACCAUCACAGUAUUAUCCCAAUGGUAGAGCUGGGCAUUCAACUGUUGUAAUUAAGGAUAGUCUGUUCCUGUGGGGAGGCUACCAGGAGCAGAUACCUAGCAUACACGACAGCACAGAAAAGAGAAGGAUUACUUCAAUUAUAGAUAUAUUUAAUUUACACUCUGGCCAAUGGAGUCAAAAGCCAACGAAAGGAAGCCCGCCACUGGGUGUGUCUGGUUAUGCCUGUACACCGAUUGAUGAACAGAUAUACUUUUUUGGAGGUGAUUGUGGCCAUGAUAAUUGUUACCAUAACAAUGUAAGUCUACUUGAUACUCUCACUCUUCAUUGGUCUGAGGUUUCCCCGACGUCAGUCAGAGAGGACGAAGGGUUUCCAACCCGAAAAGCAGCAUGUGGGAUUAUUCAUAUAAUAUAUAAUGGUGAAGACGCCUUGUUUGUGUUUGGUGGGUAUGGUAUUUGUCCCUCUAAUCCUAAACCUCACACUGAUUAUGCUGUUGACUCUACCAAUGGUCUUUUUAGGAAUAACGAGCAACACAUCUUUAUCAUUAAAUCAGGUAGAUGGGUAAAUCCCGAUAGUACCGGUCAGAAGCCACCUCCUCUGAAUACACUAACAAUGACAAAGAUAUCAUACAACAAGGCAGUAGUGUUUGGUGGAAGGAUUAACAAUGAAGUUACCAGUGACAUUUAUAUCAGUACAAUCAAUGAUACGAUUGUGGAAUGGGUCAAGUUAUCCGAUCCUCUUACUCUUGUUGACUGGCCAGUUGGUCGCAGAAGUCAUUCCAGUUGUUGCUUUAGUACAGGAGACCAAUCAUAUGUACUAGUGAUGGGUGGAGAAGAUGAAGACAAUGAUCACAUCAAUGACUGUUGGAUAUUGAGUACCAGAGACUGGAUUUGGAAAAAAGUUUCAUUACCUGAUGAAAACAUUGCAUUGAGAUCAUUUCAUGCUAUUUCUUCAUUUUAUAUUGGACCAAAUUGUAUGUGGCUUGUCAUUACUGGUGGGCUGAUAAAGGAUUUCAUUUGUGGACCAGCUUCAGCUUUGACCAUUGCAAUAACACACAGUGAUAAAGGAGACUGGGUUGCUGAAGUCAUACUACAAGGGGAUGAGUCUACCAGCCAUUACAGAGAAAGACUGACAGAGCAACUGAUGAAAGGUAGAACUGAUUUCGCUACUGAAAUGCUGAGAAGACAAAACUCAUCCCCAACAUUGUCUGUUGGCACACAGACACUCGAAAACUCUUUUAAUUUCACAGAAAAUGUAUCAAUUAAUGCUUCUAAUCAACUCGAUGAUCCUGUUGAUACUGCUACUCAAAGUACUCAGUCUUGCGAUCGUGUUUGUGAUAUUACUGAUCAAAUCAACAUUCCUGCUCAUGCUGAUCAGCAUAAAGUUAGUAACAGUGAAACCAUUCGUCAAAUCAGAUUUAAUCUUCAAAAUGACAUUCAGAAGAAAUUAGAAGAGGCAACAAUUGGCUAAAAUUUUACUUCAUGCAUAAUGCUUCUUUUAUUUUAUUUUCUAUUUAU